UCCGGUCACGUCGCGUUCAACCGUCUCGUUGCGUGCUGUGUGUCGCUCUUAUACUUUCACUAUAUAUAUAUACUGGGACGUGUUUGAUGGCUUUCUGCUGAUUUGAGUUGCUAUAUAAAACAGCCGUCCGAGAGUGAAACCAACUGACUGUUUAUACUCGUGCACAGGAUAUAAUGUGGCCGUUGCCCAGCGCAAGUUCCUCGCUCGAAAAUUGUGUUUCAUCAACGUCGUGUAACUGAUACACUUUUGGGCCAGUGACCAGGGCCUUUUUCCCGUUGUUUUUUUUUUUUUUUUACUUUGUUGUGUGUCACUGAAUUACGACCUUAUGAGAAGAAUUUCCACAUUUUUUGCGAUUGAUAAACGAAGAAACAUUGCACGUCCCGACUAACAAAUGCGUACCAGUUACGGAGCAAUUGAAUAUUGAGUUGACGGAGCUGGCGGAAUUGAGAACAAGCUAUCUGGGAAACAUCCCGACAACGCCCUUUCAAAAACACAAAUAAUAUCUAAAACCUGUCACGGCGUGUUUUUUGUUUUUUUCGGAGGGUGCGUUUUUUUCCAUCUUCGUCCGCUCAAUCCUGUCGCCCAGCUGCUCUUCCAUCUCCCUUGAGGGAAGGUCUCACUUUGACGCUUCCUUCGGAUGUUUCUUUUUCAGGAAUAAUGCACAUCCAUUCUGCUGUCGGAUAGAGCGAUCAUCAGUUGUAAUCAUGAAGCCACUACAGCCGCUUAGCACCGUCUUCCUUCUUAUUGUGUCCAUCGUCACGUUCGCCUCGUCUGCCCUUCAUGAAAAAGAAAAUGAAGUGAGCAUCGCUCCCCUUGCACUCACAGCCGAGGAUUAUGCGUCGAGUAUACAGCGUCCAGGCGAUGACGAUGGAGGUGGUACUAGUCGGCACAGUUUGACCGAUGCAGCAGCCAUUAAUUUAGCGGAGCGAUCGCCGCGCUUCGAGGAUCCAUCCGGACACGCCAAUGUCACCGUCCAGUUGGGCGGCACCGCUUUCCUCAACUGCAGAGUCCUGGAUCUUCAGGAUAAGACGCAAGUGUCGUGGGUGCGACGUCACGAACAAGAAUUGCAUUUGCUUACAGUCGGCAUGCAAACGUACAGCACGGACUCGCGGUUCUCGCUCCAUUUUCAGCAUCCCAACGACUGGCGGCUGCAGAUCAAGUUCGCCCGUCCUCGCGAUGAGGGCACCUACGAGUGCCAGGUUUCCAUCCAUCCACCUCGCAUCUACACUGUUCGACUCAUCGUAGCAGUACCGAGUGUGGAGAUGGUGGACGACCACGGCCGCGUAAUUGAGGAGAAGAUCUACAAGACAGGAAGCACGAUUGAGCUCAAGUGCGUCGUCAGCAAAGUACCGGGCCCCACUGCCAACGUCAUGUGGCGUCACGGACUGCGAAUACUCAAUUACGACACUUCACGUGGCGGAAUCAGUGUCAAAACCGACCUGUUGCCCUAUGGCGCCGUCAGUCGCCUGUAUAUCGCCAACGCCAGUCAACGCGACGCCGGCAAUUACACGUGCAACAUCUCCGAGUCAUCGUGGACGACCGUCGUGGUCCACAUCCUGAACGGCGAACAUCCAGCGGCAAUGCAGCACGGCCAGUCAUCAUCGUCGGAAAGGAGACCGCUCGUCAUAUCUAUGCUCGUCGUUGUUAUGGCCUCAUGGUUCUUCAUGUGGAAAUGUUCUUUUAGUCGGUAACCCGCACGUCAUAUAGAACUGAGAAAAGAAGAGAUGUCCAUCGUUUUGGGCCAUCAGUGCGUGCCCGACGGAGAAGCAACAACAUUAAGCGACAUGACAACAAGAGAGACCACACGCAGUGCUAAGAGAAAGGCAAUGGAGCUCAACCCAAAAAUCGGUUUAUAAUUUAUCGAGGCGGGAGACGCGGCGACGUCAGCCGACCGUAAAACCACUGCUAAACAAAUAAACGAAUCAAAUAUUAAAUAAACCAAACACGCAAGGCUUUGCUGUGUGGACGUAUAUACCUACAGCCGAACAAAACAGGUUAAGCUAUCGUGGCCAAUACCAAGAACUCAUUUUCCGGUCGAGAAACAGCUAUGUCUAUUCGUGAUUCAAAGAGCUUCAAUUGCACGUAUUCGAUGUACGUACAACAUCGCACAGUUCUAACGAAAAACAAACAAUAAAUCCCUUCGUUUGUCAACGCUUCAUUUCGUUCAUAGUUUAGUGGCCAGUGAAGUCCGGCGUAUGUGCUUUACAUUGUGUGGUGUGCGUGAUAUAAAGACUUGAAAAAUCCAGUUAUGGUGUUCGGCCUGAUGAUGAUGCUCGCGUUCAACUCGAAUAGAAACUGGAUUUCGGUUUUAGGAGUUAUGGAGCGUGCGAGCAGAGGCGUAUCAGCAAGACUGGGUGCACAUCCUCCCCCUUCUUCCUUCAAAAAAAAAAAAUAAAAUAAAAUAACGUGAACGACAGCCGAUCAAUAAACGAGUAGAAGAUUUCCACUAGUCUCAAACGAUCGCGUGCGACGUAGACGUCGUCGUCGUUAUCGGAACGAAGCAAUGCAACAUGCUCGUUAUAUUCUGCACAAAAAAAAAAAUAGUCGCUAGACAGUGGAGGGAAGGAACCGUUGUUUGCAAAAUCAAAUAUAUUCAGCCGAAGUAAAAUCGUGUAACAAGCACGUCCUCUACGUGUAUGUGUUCGCUGCCCAAUUGUGACUAUCGAUGUGGUGAGAAUCCCAAAUCAGCCCAUUGGUGAACAAAAAAAAAAAAGAUUUGCCAACAUUUUGAAAAGAUAAGAAAAAUACAAAAUUGACCUCGUUUUACGCGAUCAAUACGGUCACGCAAUCAACUGACGAGUUUUCUACCGGUCAGUUUAUGCUUGCACACACGUGUUUCAUAUUAGUUUUAUGUGACGUUUCCCCAGUCCUUGGUUGGCGGUACAUCUGAGAAGGAUGACUUGAUUGCCUUUUUCAAUUUCCACCACUGUAGUCAGUUUCUUUUCUUUUUUUCGCUCAACGCGGUCAUCAUUGCAGCACGCCCUUGUUUUUCGUAGAACAAGUCCUCCAUGUACUUGCUUUCCUCUCCGUUGAUUCGCGGCUGCUUUUCGUAAUGACGAGCAAAAUCACAAACAGAGCCGCUUCAGGCUCCGUGAGGCCAUGCGGAUCUGGAUAGCCAGAUGGCAAAUCAGAACCCUAUAGCUCCAUAUAAACUGUGUGCCCAUGAUGGACUAGCUGGAUUGCAUCAAUUUCGCAUCGGUGACUUUUUGCAGCCACUGCACACGACCAUACAACAGCAUGUCCUCUCCACAAUAUAUAUACACCGACAUUAUACAAGACCUGCUUGUUUGAGAUUCAUGUUUCCCCUUCAAUCGUUUGCCUCUUGCAAACCGACAUAUUUGCUGUGGACCUCCUCUUCGUGGCUAAGUGGACCUAGCAUCAAUACAUGACACGCCGACUUUAUAGAUGACGUGCAGAUUAUACCGCUAAAACAAGAUUCGCGUGUUGUUUGCCGUGUUUUUACAUAGACCCUGUGGCUCUCUCCAGUAUAUAUACAUACAUUCACUAUAACGUGUAACUCACUGUUUUUGGACCCUUUUUUUUUCCUUUAUACUCACGAUUGGCUCAUCAAAAUGUCAACAUGUUAUAAUGAAAAAAAAAAAGAAAAAAAAAAUCCUGCAUAGACAUAAUGUAUAGCCGUCCGCUCGCGACGUCAACAUCCAUUUUUGACUAAUGUGUUUGGGUUUGUUGUCUAAACAGUAUUAUAUUAUUCGCAUACAUAUAUAUUACUGUGCGUAUAGAAAUAGUAAACUAUACGGAAUGGCGUCGAUUUCUGUGUGACACCUUAACUCAAUAAGACAAGAAUCUGAAAGAAAAAAAGAGCGGAAUUGUAUUUCCAUUAUCCUAAAAGAAAAAUCGGCCAAAAAUUCUUUUAACUAUUCAUUUUGAUAUUACUGUCCACCAUGUCAACAGCCCCCUUUUUUUUCUUUAAUAAAAAAAAAACCAACAAACAAACAAAAAUAUUUAGCGGGUGGCGUACACGAAAAGCCGCAGCGACACAUCGGAUCGAAACGACGAAUGGCUAUUACAAGAACCCUACACUAUGUGAAAAUCGAUUUUGAGUUGAUGACGCGUGUGACGCAACCAAAUGUAAACCCACAAAUCACAUGGUUAUUUCAUUUGAGGAAAAAUGAUAGAAACCAAAAAAAAAAAAAUAAAAUAAAUAACUAGAAAA